ACACGCCCCCGACAUCACGACGUCACAUAUCCAGAAGUCGGCUCGGCGAUGUUGUUAUGAAAAAAUGGCGGCUGACAGGAGGUGUGCGUUCGGGAGUGUUUUAUUUAUUUUGCUAAUCGGAUGGAGCCACUGUCGACUGCACCAUCUCAUUCUCAAGGAAGAUGUCCGGCAUAAGGUACAUUUGAACUCCUUUGGCUUCUACAAGGAUGGGUACAUGAAUGUGUCCAUGAACAGCCUGGUCCUUCAUGGCGACACCGACAUUGAUGACUCCACGAUCGGCUUCAGUUUGGACAGAACCAACAGCAACGGCUUCUCGACGUACCUGGAUGAGGACGUGGAUUACUGUGCUUUGAAGAAGGAGCCAACCAGUGAUACGGCUGCAGCUCUGCUGCUGAUCGACUUCAAGCAUAGCAAGGUGAGAAUGAAAACCUCAACGGAGGACAGCACGUUCCCUGCCAUCGUGUCCGAGGUGCCUUUGGCGGAGGCGGGUGUGAAGGAGGCGGAGUCUGGUGCCAAACGCAAUCCAACGUCUGCACCAACCGGAGCCAAAGGGGACGGCGAAGCCAGAGAGAGGCGUGACUCCAUGCAGGGCGUUAAGACUGGUUUGGUGUACCCCCUCCAAAGACAGGGGAGCAGCUACUCAUUUCAGUUUCACUUCAAUGUCAGCAAUGAAAGUCAGCAAGGUCUGUACAACUUCUACUUUCACAACUGCUACGUGGUGGAAAAGCAACAAACGGGACCCCUACGCUUCAGUAUCGAUAUCAAGAUCGAGGAGAAGAACCCGAACAGCUACCUGUCCGCCGGCGAGAUCCCCCUGCCCAAACUCUACAUCUUCAUGUCCAUGUUCUUCUUCCUUAUCGGUGUGCUGUGGGUCCACGUGCUCCGCACGCACAGGGCCGACGUCUAUAAGAUCCACUGGCUGAUGACAGCCCUUCCCUUCACCAAGUCCCUGUCCCUGGUUUUCCACGCUAUUGAUUACUACUACAUCUCUAACCAGGGGUUCCCCAUUGAAGGAUGGGCAGUGGUGUAUUACAUCACACAUCUACUGAAGGGGGCGCUCUUGUUCAUCACCAUCGCAUUGAUCGGAACCGGCUGGGCCUUCGUCAAACACAUCCUGUCAGAUAAAGACAAGAAGAUCUUCAUGAUCGUCAUCCCUCUGCAGGUCCUGGCUAACGUGGCAUAUAUCAUCAUUGAGUCGACGGAGGAGGGUACGACGGAGUACGGCCUCUGGAAGGAGAUCCUCUUCCUGGUUGACCUCCUGUGCUGUGGUGCGAUUCUGUUUCCAGUCGUCUGGUCUAUCAGACACUUGCAGGAAGCCUCUGCCACAGAUGGAAAAGCUGCCGUCAAUCUGGCCCAGCUGAUAUUGUUCAGGCAUUAUUACGUGAUGAUUGUGUGUUACAUCUACUUCACCCGCAUAAUCGCUAUCCUCAUCAAGUUUAUUGUCCCCUUCCAGUGGAAGUGGCUGUACCAGCUCCUGGAUGAAUUGGCCACGCUGGUUUUCUUCUUCCUGACGGGGCACAAAUUCCGGCCCGCUUCCCACAACCCCUACCUGCUCCUCUCAAUGGAGGAGGAUGAGGACCUGGAGAUGGAGCAUGUGGUCACUACGUCGACGACGGGUAUGACGGAGAGCGUGAAGAAGGUGAAGAAGGUCUCCAACGGACCUUCAGAGGAGAGAGAGAGCAUGGCUUGAUUGCGAAGAUCUUCACAUCUACGGUUGGCAGAAGUAAACACCCCCUCACCUUUAUCUGGUCCUUGUGGCUGCAGCUCUGAACUGGACUGUAGUUCUGAACCGCCCUCAAGUCUUCAGGAUCUUUUGGGACUUGUCUAUACUUGGCUUUGUGCUUUUUUUUUUUUUUUUGUGAAGGACAACUGCUGCCGAACGACCACAUCAACAGAGCCCCAUACACACACACACACACACGCACGCUCUUGCACAAGCACGCCCACAUUUUGGUGCUCUGCUGUACCAACACUUCUUCCUCUCCUACAUUGAACUUUGUUCAUUUCAGCGGACCGUCAAGGAAAACUCAUUGAAUUGUCAGUAUUUAUUUAGAUUUUAUGUGGUGGCGUUCUUGUUGACGAUGGUUAAUUUAUUGUGUUUAAUAUGAUAGAGAUGUUAUUAAUGCGAUUUAUUAGCUGCACAAACAAGGGCUCUCCUCACUUUGUGGGUCACUUCUGGCUGUUGGUACUUCAAAUGGCAGUCAGCGUACAAAGUCAGCGGAUUGGGCCAUAACGGAUGUUCACCUAUUUACACCCCCCCCCCCCCCGCCGUAUAUCAUUUAUACGUUUUCCUGUCCGUGACGUGGCGCCAGAGUUUAAUUUAGCGGCGUCACGAUGCUGUGCCCCCACCUGAGCCCAAGGGUGUUGGACUGUGCAGAACUUGGAGGCUGUGGACGACGGUUGGGCUGCACUGUGGAUUAUGGGAUACCCUUACCUGCAGCCACCUUGCCACCCGCGAUGUCAUGUUCAGGGUGUAACGCUGUCCAUUUUGCUUCCCUGUCAGGACUGAAGGAGGUUGCGUCGAUUUAGCUAUUUUAUGAAGUAAACAUGAGUAGCAUGUUUGAAACCAUUUGGGAAAUAAACAAAUCCACACAGGUGGAUUUUGUUUGUCUUGCUGUGAAAAUGGAGACUUGGGUUGUGGUUUUCCUGCUCAAACGAGCUAACGGCCAUCAGGAUUGUGUCCAAGGUGCAGAUUCCUACCAGACGGAACCGCCGUGGGGAUCGAUGCUGACUUCCUCUGUGGCAGUCCUGGGUGUGCAGUUUGAGAGAUAGAAGGGUGCUUUUUUCCCGCUUCUUGGUGGUUAUUUUUCGUUUUGGAUUUGGAUUCUUUUUUGUUUAAUUAUUUGUAAAUAAUAAGCCUCGUCUGUCUGUCUUGUAACAAACUGGGCAAACUUCAGAUCUUUGAACUGGGCAAACGUUCUCAUUGACUUUAUUUUGCACCCAUAAUAAAUGACAGUCUAAUCAUCUGUCAAAUGAUAUUAAAAGUGGGGAAUUUUAUGGAAUGUAUAUCAUAUGUAUAUUCUCAUUAUAUUUAAGGAAAUGAAUAAAGUGAAACAGAUAUCCUACAAAGAUAUAAAUUA